AUGUCAAAUAUAGCAAAAGUAGAUAAGAAGACUUAUGACUGCUUGAUGGAAGAACCACCAGAAAGGUGGGCACGUUCUUGUAGUCCACGACGAAGAUAUGACAUGCUCACAACAAACAUAGUUGAAUCAAUGAAUUCUGUCCUAUUAGAAGCAAGGGAGCUGCCUCUAUCAAGAAUGAUAGAUUUCAUUCAAGUGAAGCUACAACGUUGGUUUUAUAAAAGAAGAAAUGAAGCAGAAGGAACGUUUUAUGAUGUUUCUUGUUGGGUAGAGAAGGAAUUGAAGAAAAAGAUAGAUUUAGCAUUUACUUUGAAUGUCUUCCCUGUUGAUUCAUGGCAUUCUAGAGUUGAAGAAGAAGGAAUAACUUUCUUGAUGGACUUAAACAAAAGAACAUGUGAUUGUUUUCUGUUUCAAUUUGAUGAAUUACCAUGCAUACAUGCAAUUUCAGCUAUCGAGAAGAGAAACAUCAAGAAGUCCAACUUUUGCUCGCACUGGUACUUAAAGGAAUUGUCACGCCCUGGUUUGCCCUCCGUCGCAUUUGCGAUCACUGGCCCAUUGGCAAAUCUUGGCAUUUGCGAAGAAAAUCUUGCAUUUGCGAGUCAAGCCAGGCCUGGGCUGGUUUCGCAUUUGCGAUCCAGCCUUCGCAUUUGUGAGCCAGGCUUUGCAUUUGUGUAA